AUGCGAUCUCCGAUCUCCGGGCUCUUCUCGAGAUCCAUCAGCUUCCUCCACCGCACCUCCGCCACUCGCCACCUAUGCGCCGUCUCUUCCCCUGAAGCUAGAACGAAGAACCUCGAGCGAAUCGCCGACGACUUGCUAAACCUCAACAGAAUCGAGCUCUACGACUACUCAGUCCUCUUCAGCCACAAACUCGGCCUCAACCGCUACGGUUCCGCCGUUUCCUCCCCCGCCGGAGACCUCCCCGACGCAUCCGCCUCCGCCGAGACCAAAACCGCCGAGAAAACGGCUUUCGAUGUGAAGCUUGACAAGUUCGAUUCCGCUUCCAAGAUUAAAGUCAUCAAGGAGAUAAGAGCGUUCACGGAGCUGGGGUUGAAAGAAGCUAAGGAUCUCGUUGAGAAAGCUCCGGUUGUAGUGAAGACAGGUGUCACCAAGGAAGAAGCUGAGAAGAUCAUGGAGAAGCUUAAAGCCGUUGGUGCCACUGUUGCUUUGGAAUAAUAGAAAUAAAAGUUUGUUUUUUUUUUUAAAUAAUUUACAAUAAUGAAUGAUGCUCCUCUCUUGUUAUAUUGAGAUGCCACUCUUAUC